UGCUCUUGUGUCUUGGAAAAGAGGAGAACAAGUGUUUUCUCUGUUCUAUCACAUCGUCUAACGAUGAGACAAGCGGAAAGCCUAGGAAAGAUUAAUUAUUCCAUCACAGAGUCACAGAGCAAUAAGUAUAUCCUUAUUCAGUAUCAGCCACCAGUAGAAUAUUUUCGUUCAGGACAAGAUUUAUUUUACACUGGUGGAUACAACAACUGGAGUGGCGUUGACAAUCCUUUGAUAUUACCUUUGAGACAAAAGAAAGCAGACUUGUAUGAAGUACUUGUCCCUUUACCAGAAGGUUCAGUUAGUGUAGAGUUUGCGUUUACUGAUGGUGUUGUUUAUGAUACAAACCAUGGAGCUUUUUAUCAUAUUCCACUGGAGCAAUUUGUUACCGAAGAAGAGAACAAUAGUCAUCAUAUAGAAAACGUAUCUGAAAAUACAAAAUUAUCCGAGUUGGAUCCUCUCAAAAUUCCAGAAGGCCCUACAAGAUAUACUAACGAUGAAGAAAUAGCUCUUCGUAAGGCACGAGCUGAGGCAACGGCUGUUGGUGAGUCGAUGGGUUUAUCUAAUGUGCUUAUGACUGAAGCUAGAACUGAAUUUGAACGUUUUGAUACUCGUAUGUCAGGUUGGAUUAGUCGUGAAGAAGCCAAGAUGUGUAUAGAACGUUUAGGAUUUGAAAUAGGCGAUAAGGAAUUUCACGAAUGGACGUUAGCUUGCAAAGAAUACUCUCGUGAUGAAGAUAUGGAAAAUAUCCAUAUUACUGAAUUUAUAUACUUAUAUGGAUCUUUGGAACUUCGAAAUGAAGGGCUACAAAUAUUGUGAAUAAAAGUGGAAUAUCCAGAAAAUCUC